UGUGCUGUGCAGUUCGGCUUUCGAUUGCAAGACAAAAGAGGGAGAUGCUCUAAAUGGAGCAAAUAGAGGCUGCCAUGUACCAAAAGAUGAAGAUAUCUGGGAAGCAGAUGGAAAGUAUGCAGGGAGUGGAAAGAGAACUUACUAUGGAUGGAGGACAGAGGGAAGACAUCAUCAGGUGGUUUGUGGACACUCAGGCUGCGCUACUUUUGUGUGAUGGAAGUUUUCUACCCUGGUUUAAAGGAUUCAUCUCUAGACAGGAGGCAGAAGAUCACCUCAGGGACAUGAAUGUUGGCUGUUUCCUUAUCAGACUCAGUGAAAAAGGCAUUGGAUACAUACUUUCAUACAAAGGACAGGAUCGUUGUCGGCAUUUUGUCAUAAAUCAAACCAAAACCGGACAGCUCAUCGUCUCUGGUGACUCCACCACUCAUAACAGUCUCACAGAGCUGAUAGAUCACUUUACAACCACACCCAUCCAGCCUUUUGGAGAGUACCUCACUUCAUACAUCACAGAGGCUGAAUCUAUCGAAAAGGAUCCCAAAAAUGAUAUUUACGACGAGUUUCAAAUUAAGCCCACUAUUACGUUAGGAGUUAGUGUAAGAGCUCUAAGAAGUUUGUGGGAACAAGCUAGCGGUGUUCAUCAUGAGACAUCUCCUGUCCCACCCUCCAAAAGCAGCCGCAAGCUCACUACAUCCACCUCCUUUGACAGAAACAGCCUCUCACAGGCUAUAAGGAUACCAACCCUGCCAAAGAAAAACCCACCACUUCGGAAUUCUUUAAGCGCUGAUUUUGCUGGUUCACAUCCUUGUCACGAUCAACAGAGCUUCUCUGAACCAACAACAUCUGGAAAGACGUGGGCUGAAGAGAGAGUUGGUAGCGGCAGGAGGGAUUCUUGGGACCCUGAGGACUGUGAUUCUUGGUUAAAGCUGCCAGAGGAGAGAAAAACUCCCCCUAUACAAACAAACCUAACAAACUGGCUCCACAAUGAAAACACUGAAGAGCCACAGGCUCCGAGCUUUGAACCCUUUAACCCUUCAUCCUCCGGCCAUGCGCAACCUUCCACAGUUUCACCCUCCAGCUCUUAUGCUUUCAUUGGCUUUACAAAAGCCCAUACUGGAGAUGACCAGCUGCCACAUACUGUCCAGAUUGCACUGCAGCCCAAUCCACUCUACCAGGAGGUGCACGCUAAGAAGGAGGUCCAACCUGAGUCAGAAUAUGACAAUCCUACAACGACGAACUACAAAACCAUUUCAGCUGAAAACACCUAUCAAGUCAUACCUGACCGAUGUGAAAAUGACACCUAUGAGCACAUAGCAGAAAUCCACGGGAGCAAUACCUGUGAUGUCCCGGAGUCAGACAGCAACACAUAUGCAAGUUUGGAGGAAAUGCAACAAUACACAGAGAAGAAGAAUCACAAGUGGUGGAAAUUGCGCGCGGAAAGCAAGAAAAAGUAAGAUGACAAUAAAGGUGUAAAAGUAUAAAGGGAUUUUUGUAUUUUAAUAUCUGCUACAGUUGCAGAUGAAUGCAUGAAUGCAAGCUAUUACAUUUCCUUUCUAUAUGAUUCAGUCAUUAUUUUCAUAUUGCUGUAUAACAAUCAUUCUGUCUUGAGAAUCUUCUACAGUUCCAAAAUGAUGAAAAUUGUUUUUGUAAAUAAAGUUAUUUUAACUUGAUUAUUGUGAUAAAAUAUAGUUUGCAAAUGUAUUUGAAUAAACUAUAUUAA